AUGUCACACAGUUCACGUGAAGAUCUCCCCAGAGCUCUUCAGGCAUGGUGGUUUGAUGAAAGCCUUUAUGCCCUCACAACUCUUUUGGUUCGCCUUUCCAUCUCUGUAUUCCUUCUCAGAUUGUCUACUCGCUCACUACAUGAGAGCAUCAUCUACGCGACCCAAGCUCCUGUCAUUACUUUUACCAUAAUUUUCAUUGUUCUCGUUGUUUAUAGUAGUAUAGUUCCAGCAGCCAGCGUAGGACAUUCCGUCGUAGGAUUUACUGUGGACUGGACACUUGAUCUCUUGCCUAUCUGGAUUAUGUGGGAUUCGAAGAUGAGUGUGAAGGCCAAACUCUCUAUUUCCGGCGUUCUUUCUCUUGGUUUACUAGCCGGAAUCGCAACGAUAAUACGCAUACCUUUUAUCAAAGGCCUGCCGAUCACGGAUGAUUUUCUAUACGCAACCACAGAUAUAGCUAUCUGGUCCACCAUCGAGCCCGGUCUCCAAAUAAUUGCAUUCAGUGGCGCGACUCCCCGCCUUGUUCUCCGUCUCUUCUUUCCCCAAGCCUUCUCUUCACUUUAUCCCAUUGAACCUCGGGGUCAAAUCCAACCAUAUAGAACUACUUAUACCGAAAGACCAGAUUAUAUAUAUAUAAUAUCAAUCUCAUGGCCAAUAAACAAGCUUCAACAUAUCGAAAUUCAAAUUCUACAUAUACGGCUUUUGAUGAAGAUUCGAGGGUUUCGAGUUUUACGUCGUUCACUUGCAGUACUUUGUUUGAUAGUGCUAGAAGCUCUAGAAGUAUAA